UUCAAUUCUAGACAGUGGAUUAGGCGUCGUUGUAUUUAGUUCUCGGGCAGGAUAGAACGGGGUUGCAGCAGUGUUCGCAGCAGUAUUCACAUAGGUAUUCUCAAGUGAAGCAGCAGCAGUAGAAGGUGAUCGCCAUGCCUUUCAGUAAUACCCACAAUGCGAUGAAGAUGAAGUUUAAAGCGGACCAGGAGUUCCCGGAUCUGAGCAAGCACAACAACCAUAUGGCCAAGGUGUUGACUCUAGAGAUGUAUACGAAGCUGCGGGAAAAGCAGACCGCCAGUGGCUUCACCCUGGAUGAUGUUAUUCAAACCGGGGUCGACAAUCCAGGCCAUCCUUUUAUUAUGACCGUGGGAUGCGUGGCAGGCGACGAGGAGACAUACGAGGUUUUCAAGGAUCUUUUGGACCCAGUCAUUCAGGACAGGCAUGGAGGGUACAAACCAAGUGACAAGCACAAGACCGAUCUGAAUCCUGACAACCUGAAGGGUGGCGAUGACUUGGAUCCAAACUAUGUCCUGAGUUCCCGUGUCCGAACUGGUCGGAGCAUUCGUGGAUUCUGCCUGCCUCCUCACUGUAGUCGUGGGGAGAGACGUGCCAUUGAGAAGCUUUCAGUAGAAGGUUUGGGCGCCUUGGAUGGUGACCUGAAGGGUAAAUACUACGCUCUGAAGAACAUGACUGACGAGGAGCAGCAGCAGCUGAUCGAUGACCACUUCCUCUUUGACAAACCUGUCUCCCCUCUGCUUUUGGCAUCUGGAAUGGGACGUGACUGGCCUGAUGGUAGGGGCAUCUGGCACAAUGAUAACAAGACCUUCUUGGUUUGGAUCAAUGAAGAGGAUCACCUCCGAGUCAUCUCUAUGCAGAAAGGAGGGAACAUGAAGGAAGUCUUCAAAAGGUUCUGCACUGGCUUAACAAAGAUCGAGUCUCUGUUCAAGACUAAGGGCCAUGAGUUCAUGUGGAAUGAGCAUCUGGGCUACAUUCUGACUUGUCCCUCAAACUUGGGGACUGGUCUCCGUGGUGGUGUCCAUGUCAAAUUGCCUCACCUCAGUAAGCAUGAGAAGUUUGGUGAAGUUCUGAAGAAGCUGCGACUGCAGAAACGUGGAACAGGUGGUGUGGACACGGCUGCUGUUGGUGGUGUCUUUGACAUCUCUAAUGCUGAUCGCCUGGGAUUCUCUGAGGUGGAGCUGGUCCAGAUGGUGGUAGAUGGAGUGAAGCUGCUUGUUGAAAUGGAAAAGCGCCUAGAGAAAGGCCAGUCCAUCGAUGACAUCAUGCCAGCACAGAAAUAAAGCACUUUUCCCAGUUGAGAUUGCAUCAGUUCCAGGAUUGCACUCCAAACUCUAGUGGCACUACUUGUAGACAAGUCUUCCAUCGACAACGAUAGAAGAUCCGUGUGUGUGUGUGUGUGUGUGUGUGUGUGUGAUGGUUUUGCGAUUUGCUGAAGAUGGAUUCUAUAACAAUUUUUUUUUUUUUGGCCCAAUGGACUUUAUUUUUUCUCCUGAUGCAAAGUAGAUUGCAGCCACAGGUGAGCAAGGGGUUGGCAGCUUCUGCAUGUUCAUUGUCUUAAUGUUUCGUCUGUCAAAGAUCUAGCUAGACGUGUUUGUGUAGGACACGGCAGACAAGAUGAACAUUGCUAUGUGUUUCACCAUCAUGCAGGCACUAUAUUACCGUGCUUGGUGCCUAUCCUGAGUUGCUAUGUAUGGUUCCUCAGAGCAGUUAAUGGUGUAGGAUCCAAUAAAGGUUUGAUUUUAAAACCCAAA